AUGAUAAAAAGCUCAUUUAGCAAGUUAAAACCUUCCUUGUUUUUUCGCCAAGUAAGGCAUGCCGAAGUUGUAAACACCCCAGCAUCUAUAUUCUUUGGUGGCCAUCAUAAUAAUUGGGACAGAAUCAAUCGCAUUGCCAAUGAAGCCAGUCGAGUCAAGAUUGAUUAUGACAGUAAAUAUGCUUUCAAACUGAAGCUGGCUGCAGAAAAGCGUGGAUUAUCAUCUGUAAACGAGCUCAAGAAGGAUAUCUUGGCAAGAAAAGUGGACUCGCAGCCACUAUCACCACCGCAAAGGCCAACCACUAGACAGGCGCCUUCAACAUCAACGCCAAAAGCAGUGAGUUCGGCUAAAAAGACAAAUACGAAAUACGAAUCAAGUGCUCCUACAUUAGACAAAAUCGUGAAAUUGGAUUUACUAGCAAAAGAAAGCAAAGAGUCCAUUGCCAAAAUCUGGACACGGCAUUAUGCUGACAAGGAUGGCAUCACAGCAGUGAUCCCAGUUGAUACCUACUCGACAAUGUUUCAAGUCUCACAGAAAUAUCCAUUGUUCAUACUACCCAUGCCUCGAGACACUGGUCUGGAAUUCUUCUUUCUCCAAUUCCAGGCACAUCAGUGCAACAUCACAUCACUGCUCGAAUACAAGACAAGAGGCGAAAAAGCGAGACCUUUCCUGACAAUCACACACUAUCCAGAACUGGCAGACACCAAAGGCAUCGUCUUGAUGCGAGGCGAGAUAAACGAAAAUCCCAAAAAGAUGAUUUCCGUUGCUAAUGCUCAGUUCCUAGCUUUUGCUGUGCAACAGUUCUAUUCCACAAACAAUCCUACAUCAGUGAAGUUGGUGGAAACGUUCAAUACAUCGCCCGAGGAAUUCAAUUAUCAAGAUUUGAUCAAAGAGUUGGAGAACAUUAUUCCAUUGCAGUAA